UCCCGGAAUCCCGUUGGCCGGAGGAGCGGGGCUGGUGGGUGACACGUAAGUUGAGUGGGAGGCUGUGGCGGCCCCGGCAGGGCCAGAGGCAGCGGUGGAAGCGGCAGCGGUCAGUCCCUCCUGGCCCAGACGCGCAGUGCCCCCCAGCCCAGCCCAGCCCAGCCCAGCCCAGCCCAGGCCAGUCCAGCCCAGCUCACCCCACCCGCGAUGCGCCCGGGCUAAAGAGCCGCCAACGGACCGGGACCAGCCUCUCUUCCCCUUUGUCCUACUCUCACCCUCCUUUAGGUGGCAACAAAGUAGCGCCCGGAGCCGGAGCAGCCCGGCUCAGAGCCGGCCUGUCUGGACCCUGCCCGGUCUGAAGCCGGCCGGCCCAGCCCAAGCCGCCAGGAGCCCGAGAGGGCCGGAUCCCGGGGGCACAGGGAAGCGGCUGCUGGCCGCCAGCUCGGCCCUGCGGGGCCAGGGACAGAGGGAGCCCCGGCAGCCCUCACCGAAGCAUGCAAAGGGCCCCCGCGCGGGCGCCAGCACUCGGGGAGAGCGCACUCAGGAAAAGUUUGCUGCUCCGCUGCUGCCCCAAGGAGUUGGAGUUGGAGCAGCCGUGGCGGUAGCGGUGGCGACGUCGAUGGCAGCCCGCCCAGCAGUGCCAGGGGGCUGAAGCGAGCGCGCCGCUGUACCCGGGGGUCCUGCGUUGACGGCGCCUCCUCCCUUCUUUCGGACCCGUACCCGAUGCUGCUGCUGCCGGGUGCUGCAGCCCCCUCCUGCUGCGGCGCCUGCAGCUGUUGAGGCGCUUGGGGCGCAGAGGAGGAGAAGGAGGAGGAGGAGGCUCGGGGGGCCAAAGCGGGGACUAUGGGAAACGGGAUGUGCUCCCGAAAGCAGAAACGGAUCUUCCAAACGCUGCUGCUGCUCACCGUGGUGUUCGGCGUCCUCUACGGGGCCAUGCUCUACUACGAACUGCAGAGCCAGCUGCGCAAAGCCGAGGCGGUGGCGCUCAAGUACCAGCAGCACCAGGAGGCCCUCUCAGCCCAGCUACAAGUUGUAUAUGAACACAGAUCAAGACUAGAAAAAUCUUUACAGAAGGAAAGACUUGAACACAAGAAAGCGAAAGAAGAUUUUCUGGUUUAUAAAUUAGAAGCACAAGAAACACUAAAUAAAGGAAGGCAAGAUUCCAACAGCAGAUACAGUGCGUUGAAUGUACAACAUCAGAUGUUGAAAAGUCAGCAUGAGGAGCUGAAGAAGCAGCACAGUGACCUAGAGGAGGAACAUCGAAAGCAGGGCGAUGACUUCAGCCGGACCUUUAGUGACCACAAGCAGAGAUACCUCCAGCUUCAGCAAGAGAAGGAGCAGGAGCUGUCCAAGCUAAAGGAAACAGUUUACAAUUUGCGAGAAGAGAAUAGACAGCUAAGAAAAGCACACCAAGACAUGCAGACGCAGCUUCAAGAUGUGAAGCAACAGCAUAAGAAUUUACUCACCGAGCAUGAGCACCUAGUAGUGACUUUGGAAGACCACAAGAGCGCGCUAGCGGCUGCGCAGACCCAAGUGGCUGAAUAUAAACAGCUGAAGGAUACGCUUAAUAAGAUUCCGAGCUUCCGAAAGCCCGAUAGGGUGGAAGAACAAAAUGUCAUCCAGGCAGCACCUUCCCGCCAAGGCGCUUUCAUUGCCAAAGAGAGGAAAAUCACUGAGGAGCCAAAGGAGGGUCCCCACAGUAACGAAAAAUGGCAGGACCAGGAGCAGGCCGUUGGGAAGAGGACAGCAGAGACCAAAUCCUUGCAUCCCACCCCAAGAGAGGUGGAGUUCCACGCUGGAGACACACCAAGCCAGCGAGAGGAGGAGGAGCCCAGGAGAAGAGAGGAGGAGGCGGGGCAGGUGGAAGAGGAGAGCAAGAGGGAGCUCGAGGAGGAGGCGAUGGAGCAGGUGGGGCAGGCUGAGCACCUGGUGGAAGAGCAGGAUCAGGCUGCCGAAGAGCAGGAGCAGGCGUGGAAGGAGCCGCAGGAGCAGAGAGAAGAGGAAACCAACUCGCUGACAGAGCAUGCUCAUCCAGAGGCGCGUCCUUCAGAAAAGGCUGUGACGAAGGCCAAAUCGGCUUACGAGGAGCAGCUAGAACAGCAGCGGCUGGCGGCCAGGCGGGCCGAAGAGGCCCAGCAGCUCAGAGAACGGCAGGAGGCUUUGCAUAAGCAGAGGCUGCAGGAGCACUUGCUGAGGCAGCAGCGACUUCAAGACAGAGAACUGGCCUUGCAGCGGCAGGCUGCGCACGAGGACGAGCAGCGCCGUCAAAAGCGCCUGCGGCAGCAAACACGUUAUGAUGCUAUGGAUAACGAUAUCGUCCAAGGAGCAGAGGAGCAGGGGAUCCAAGAGGAAGAAGGGGGCGCCUAUGAAAGAGACAACCAGCAUCAAGAUGAAACUGAAGAUGAUACACAUAGAGAGAAUGAGCCCCGAGGACAAGUACAACAGGCAGAUAACCCUCAACGUGAUCAAGCAGCUGGUGAGGACGUAAAUCCUGCCGAUGACCCAAACAAUCAAGGAGAGGACGAAUUUGAGGAAGCAGAGCAAGUAAGGGAAGAGGCCUUGCCUGAGGAGAAUGAGGUGCCCAAGCAGAGCAGUCAGAAGCGAGGGAACGCCGAGAUGGAGGAGCAUUUGGUGAUGGCAGGAAAUCCAGACCAGCAGGAAGAUAAUGUCGAUGAGCAGUACCAGGAAGAAGGCGAAGAGGAGGGUCAAGAAGAUUUGACUGAAGAGAAGAAACGGGAAUUGGAGCAUAAUGCCGAAGAGCCAUAUGGGGAGAAUGAUGACAACGUGGAUGAUAAGAACAAUGACGCCCAAGAACAGGCAGCUCGAGAAGUAAACCCCCGAAGAGGCCGUGAAGAAAACUAUGAGGAGGAAGAGGAGGAAGAGGAAGGCGGGGCUGUGGAGAAAGCUCGCGGCCGAGCGGAAAUGUGAAGCUCUGGGGGGGCUUCAGCAGAGGGCUCCUCUUCAAUCUGCUCCUGGACAGUGUGCCUGCUGGACACUAGGAUAUUUAAGGACAAUUCAGAGCUGCAACUUUUUUUUUUACUUUUAUAUUAGAUGCCCGCAUUCCUUUAUAUGAAUAUAAUAUUUUGAUAUUCUAGGUUAGUGCUUUUUUUGUAUACAGGCUAAACACGAAGAAAGAGAAGCACAUCCGAGACAAACCGUAGGCUCUGACUCACGUCUUCCUUUCUUUUUGGGUGGCCAGUAGGGGUGGUGACACCAUCAAGCUUGUUAAUUCUGUUUGUGUUUACCCCAGGCAUUUCCAAGCAUCUCGUUUCUGACACAUAUCCCAUCCCAACAAGCAAUGUAGGCAAAAAACAAGUGGGGCUCUGGGGCCCAUAGACCACAGAUGGUUAGGUCGGUAAUUGUGUUCCCAAGUUCCUGUGUUCAACUAGGUAAGAAUUUUAAGACGCUAGGUUAUAGGGAAGGUGCUGACCUGCACUGAUAUAGAGUAUUUGCUCUCAUGGGAGUCCCUACGCCCAUGAUAUCUGUAACCCUAUAUUAUUUCAUGUUGGUGUCUUCAGAAUAUUUUGUUUAGCCCUAGUCUGAUUCCAAUACCAGAUGCCCAUGCAGGUGGUAUACACUUGACCAAGCCUCUAAUUCCCAUAUAUGGCCAAUGUCUUUUUUGGACAAUCAGAUUCAUAUUAGUGAAAGUGCGUGCAUGUGUGUGUGUGUGUGUGUGUGUGUGUGUGUGUGUGUAAGAUUUCCCAUUGCUGCUUCUGGAGGAUGUACAACACUAUAAUCACCUAAGGAGCAGUUGGGCCAAAUAGCAGGAGUAUCCCAGUGGCACUAGAAUGACGUGAGAUGCCUGUAGACCACUUACCUAAGUCAUUUUAAUGGUCAAGUGAGGCAGGGUGAACCAGCACCUUAGAGUUGUUUUGUUUUGUUUUGUUUUGUUUUUAGAAAGAGGCUUGGUACACUUCUUCUCAGCAGCUUUUUUUUGUUUUUCCUCAGUAUUCAUGUUGAGUAUUUUGACUUUGUUCUUUCUGGAAUUAGCUGGUAGCAUCAGGAUUGUCAAGGUUGUGCCCAGUCCGUCUUGGCCGUUUUUCAGAUCGCUUUGCUAUCACUUACUUACUUAAGCACCAGCUGUCAAAAUGUAGUCCAUCAGAGUGAAGAUAUAUUUCCCUAAGCAUACCAUUUAACGUAAUCGUUUUGCAUGGAACUAUAUAUAGCAAGGCAUUAUACAUUCAGAUAUAAUAUACUCAUGACUUUCGUUGGCAGCGGUUAAGUCUGCUUUCUCUCCCCCCUCCAACCCCCCAUACAUAAGGCAUGAUGGUAAUUCUGAUUUAAUGAAGCUCUUUAAAAAGUCAGAAUUUCCCAGAAUGUUCUGGUUUUGGAAGUUGAGUGUUUUGUACGUUCAACACUUACAUCCUACCAUAAAGUGAAUCAUCCCUUUAGGAUGCAUGGGCCAGUGUUUCCUGGAUUUGGUUGUGGGCUGUGCUGCAAUGACUGUGGAGAUCACUUCUCCCAGGGGGUCUGGAAAGAAGACACUUUCUAAGAGGGAAAAACUGCCGAAGGGAGGGGUGCUUGAGAGCUAUGAUUUUCCUCCCAGAUGAUUGUCAGACUUUAGUGACAUGUAAAUGUUAGAGUUGACUUAGUUCAGAAAAGAUAAAAGAAAAAAAAAACAUUUUAACCAUCUAAUUAAGAGCCUCUUCCAAUUAAUUUCCCAUUAAGUUUUCUUAAAAUGCAUUUCUGUUCCACAGAGGACUACAUUUGUUUCAAAGCUGGAUGUGAAUGCCACCAGCAAUAAGGGGUUAAAUGCAUAAGAAAACAUUUUUUUAAAACCCAUAUACUUUUGUAAUUUGUAUUAAUUCUUUCCAAGUAAUGAAAAGAAGUUAUGUUCUUACAAUUUUGAUAUUGAUGUAAUUUACCCUUUAAAAAAACUAACUUUUAUGUUCAUUUCUAGUUUUGACUGUUCCUGGCUGACUGUUUUUGUAAUUAUGCAUAGAAAGGUUUCAUUCAAAUGUAUUUUGGGGUUUUCUAGGAAUCAUAAAUCAACUUUUACCUUAUGUAUAAAAACUCACUGUAAUGUAAAAUGUAUAAUAUUGUACAUAAUCUUCAGAAUACAAUUAUUUUGGUAAAUUAGUUUGUAUUUUAAUGUCCCAGUGGCAAUAUUUAAUUAUUUGAGGCAUAAUAGAAUUUGGUUAUAGAUAAUAAAGUCAAAAGACAGAUGGUA